ACGGUCAGAAUAUAGCCACAGUAUAAGAGCAUUUUCGUCUUUUCACAGCACCCCCAGCGAGCGUACAUUAGCGAAGCCAAUAAAGUUCUGACACGUCAUUAGGAUACGGUACGCCGUCUCCCUUCUCGAGUUCCCGCGGACCAAAAGCUCCCCCGCCCGCUCGCUCGCUCGCUCGCUCUCGCCGGCCUUCGCCGAGCUCUGAUCGGAAACCCUUCGAUCUCGUACACCGGAGAUCGAAAUCGCGGUGGCGCCGCCGACGGGAAACCGUCUCGAUCGCCGACGCCACCUCCAUCCACGUGCCCGCUUGCCAGCCAUGGCGCCCAAGCGGCCCGAGGCGGAGAGCCCCUCCCCCACCAACGGGUCCGUCCGGAAGCGGACGGCGGCGCCGCCCCCUCCUCCGCCGCGGAGGUACCGGUCCCUGUCGGAGAUAAUGUGCACGGCGAAGCCCGCGCCGCCCGUCACCGGCGAGUACUACUCCGACGUCCGGUGCGAGCAGUGCCGCUCCGGCGAGUGCGACGAAGAGAUGCUCCUUUGCGAUCGAUGCGACAGGGGUUACCACCUCUUCUGCCUUCGCCCCAUCGUUGUCAGGGUUCCCACCGGCCCCUGGUUGUGCCCUAGCUGCGCCGGAGAGCGACCGUUCCAAAGGUUUCCAUUGAUGCAGAAGAAGAUCAUAGACUUUUUCCGGAUCCAGAGGCGCUCGAUUCCUAUAGCGGAGGAGAAAUGUGGGCUCUCCCAAGAUACAAGGAAACGCAGGAGACGUUCGUUAGUUAUGCAUAAGAAGAGGAGAAGAAUAUUACCAUUUACUCCCACUGAAAAUCUGGCGCGAAGGCUUGAACAAAUGGGUUCUCUUGCUACUGCCUUAACAGCACUGAAGAUGGAGUUCAGUAAUGAGCUAACUUACAUGCCGGGAAUGGCCUCUAGAUCUGCUAAUCAGGCAAUUUUAGAAAAAGGCGGCAUGCAGGUCCUUCCAAAAGAAGAUAAAGAAACACUAGAGCUCUGCAGGGCCAUGUGCAAAAAAGGAGAAUGUCCUCCGCUCAUAGUAGUUUAUGAUUCACUUGAAGGAUUCACUGUACAAGCUGAUGGACAAAUAAAGGAUAUGACUUUUAUCACUGAGUACACUGGGGAUGUGGAUUACCUACUAAACCGGGAACAUGAUGAUUGUGACAGCAUGAUGACCCUUCUUUCUGCAACAAACCCAUCAAAUAGUCUAGUUAUCUGUCCUGAUAAACGUGGAAACAUUGCUCGCUUCAUCAAUGGCAUUAACAACCAUAAUCAGGAGAGUAGGAAGAAGCAGAACCUUAAAUGUGUCAGGUAUAAUGUGGAUGGUGAAUGCCGGGUCCUAUUGGUUGCUUGUCGCGAUAUAGCUAGUGGAGAAAGGCUUUAUUACGAUUACAAUGGUUAUGAACAGGAAUACCCAACUCAGCAUUUUGUCUGAAUUUCCUAAAAAACCUCAGAACAGAAUUGUCUGAUCUGUUCUUGGAAAUUGAAAAAAUAUUUGGGCCGGAAAGGAUCAUUUUUGGCAUAGAAAAUUGUGGAUUCUUUCAUUAGCAAGCCCUCUAGUUUUGUUUCUAGCGGCUUCAAAUUUUGUCUGCUGGAUUAGUGGCCCAUUUUUUUAAUUGAUGGUUUUACAACAUUAGUUCCAACAUCCUUUUAAGGUGACCAUAGUUUAUAACGGAGAGUUCUGGAAUGAUAGAUUUUUGGAUCUUGAUGUCAAUUUGAUAUGCAACUUUGUACAGUUCUAUAUUUUAAAAUUUAUAAUUAACUGCAA